UGGAUUUCUUCUCACAAGCAAUUAUUUUUAACCAUUACAAUUCUAAAGCACGUCAUUUUGUUUAAUGACUUAUUUAAUCCAUGUACUGUAUUUUUGUGUCGGUUUUUAAUUUGAACCACAUCUUUAAAAUCGAUUUUUUAAUGAUUUCUUAUUUCAAUGUGGCCAGCGCGUAGCCCGCGAAAGUCAGUAAUUUUUCAUUUUUUUACCCUCACUAAAAUGACAUUCAAAACAAAUUUUAGAGAAUAUUUACUGUUUUUUUAAUGAAUGAAGACAAGAAUACAUUUUUUAAAAAUUAAUGCAAAUAUUUUGUUUUGUCCUUUUUUGAUGUAAAAUGAAAAGUGUUUACUUUUUCACCUCUUGAUAAAAAUGUAAAAGAUUGAAAAAAAAAAAAUAUUUCCCGUAUUUAUUUUUUGCAUUAAAAAAUGUCAACAAAUACCAUUUUCGAGGCCGUUGAUGAUUGUUUUGCGUCCACAAGAUGGCAGCAAAGCAGUCCGACCAGUCGAACGCGACGACGAGAACGUCGAAGUAGGAUGUGACCUCAUAAUGUGCCAGCCAAUCACAAGGCAGCAUUGAAGAUGGCUGACUCGGCCAUGAGUUUCAGGAGCUGUCGAGAGUUAUGGAUCAUUCUGCUGGGACGUUCUGCGCUGAGAGAACCCGCUCAGAUAGAAUCAGAGCUGGAAACACAUUGGGACCGACUGAAUCAAGGCCUGAGCUACUACAAGCCACCCAGCGCUUCCUCGGCCGGCAAAGUGAAAGAGAAGAAAGAUGUGGCACAACCCCUUAAGGAUUUUGGUCUGAGGCUCAGUAAACUCCUGGGAUUAGAUGAGCUGCAGAGUGUGCAGCUUUUGCAGUGUUACCUUCAAGAGGACUACAGAGGAACCCGGGAUUCUUUAAAAAUUGUUCUCAAGGAUGAGCGGCAAAGUCAAGCAUUGCUGCUCAAGGUGGCAGACUAUUACUACGAGGAGCGGAUGUGUCUCCUCCGCUGCGUCCUCCUCUUGCUGACAUACUUCCAAGAUGAUCGCCACCCCUACAGGGCCGAGUAUUCCAACUGCGUCAACAAGCUGGAGAAGGACCUAGUGAGCAACUACCAGCAGCAGUUCCAAAGCCUCUUCCGAGCCGAGGCGCCCACGUGGGAAACCCACGGGAACCUCAUGACGGAGCGGCAGGUCUCGCGCUGGUACCUGCAGUGCCUGCGUGAGCAGUCGCUGCUGCUAGAAAUCGUCUUCCUGUACUACGCCUAUUUUGAAAUGACGCCGGCCGACCUGUUGGCCUUCACCAAGAUGUUCAAGGAGCAGGGCUUUGGUCUGCGGCAGACCAACAGACACCUGGUGGACAGAAGCAUGGACGUGCUGGUGGAUCGCAUCGGCUACUUGAGCGCUCUGAUCCUGGUGGAGGGCAUGGACGUUGACUUCCUUCACAAAUGCGCGCUGGAGGACUGCACGGAGCAGCAUCAGUUCUCCUGUGUUCCCGACAUUGUCAAGGAGAUGGACCAGCUUCUCUUGACCUUCGGGGACAUCCCACAUCACGGGCCGGUUCUGGUGGCCUGGGUCCUGCUACGGCACACGCUCAGACCUGAUGAAUCCAACCCUGUGGUCCGCAGGAUCGGCAGCGCCGCCUUGCAGCUGGAGGUGUUCAAGUACCUGGCCGCCAUGCUGAAAGGCCUGGGAGUGACCGGAAACAAUUGCACAGCCAGCACGGCCAAGAUGUGUGUGUACGGCCUCCUGUCGUUCGUCAUCACGUCGUUCGAAGAGGAGAGCCUGCAGACAGGCAGUGCCGGGUCACAGAGCCCUCACCUGAUCGACGUCGCCUGCGAAGUCCUCUCCGCACCCAGCCUUGCCGAAGUCUUCUGGGAAAUGAAACCCGACAUGGGUUUGGGAAUGAUCCUGGACGGUGCCGUCGGGAUGUUCCCUUACAAGAUGGCACCGCUUUUGCAGCUCCUCACGGCGCUCGUGUCUAACAAGUCUACUGCUAAGAGGGUCUACAACUUUUUGGAUAAGAUGUCCUUCUACACGCAAGCCUACAAACACAAGCCCAACGACAUCAUCGCCAAAGAGGACGAGACGUUAUGGAGGAGACAGACUCCCAAACUUCUUUACCCACUCGGUACCGGCCAGACCAACCUGUGGAUGCCGCAAGGGAUCCUGGGCCAGGUGGUGCUCGGCGGCGAGCCGGGCUACGUGGUGCGCUGGGACUACUCGUACAGCUCGUGGACGCUGUUCACAUGUGAGGUGGAGAUGCUGCUGCACGCGGUUUCCACUGCAGACGUGAUGGCGCAGUGCGCGCGCGUCAAGCCAGUCCUGGACCUGGUGCACAAGAUCAUCAGCACCGACUGGACAUUGUCGGACUGCCUGCUGCCCCUCACUUCGCGCAUCUACAUGCUGCUGCAGAGGUUAACUUCGGUCAUCAACCCUCCACUGGACGUGAUCGCCUCGUGCGUCAACUGUCUGUCGGUGUUGGCCGCCAGGAUGCCCAGCAAGGUGUGGUCUAGUUUACAGCGCACGGGUUUCCUCCCCUACACCUCCAACCCAGUGAACAACUUGGCCCAGUGUCUCAGUGCGGAAGGCAUGAAAGCGGGAAACUACGGCAACCUGCUGGUCCAGAUGGAACAGCCCAGAGGGGAGUACGCCGUCACCACAGCUUUCCUCAAGCUUGUCACCACUCUAGUCAAGGGUCAGCUGGGCAGCACUCAGAACAAAGGUUUGAUCCCCUGCGUGCUGCUGGUGCUGAAGGAGAUGCUACCCACCUACCACAAGUGGCGCUACAACACCUACGGCGUCCGAGAAAGGAUCGGCUGUCUCAUUUUGGAGCUCAUCCACGCCAUCCUUAACUUGAGUCCCGAGUGCGAUGACCACCAAAGCAGCAUUCCUACUCUGCAGUCACUUUGCAUCUACAGCCUGGCCAAUUCGGAGGCCGGGCAGGCGGUGGUCAACAUCAUGGGAGUGGGCGUGGACAAGAUCGACAUGGUUCUGGCCGCGCAGCCCAGCAGCUGCGGCUCAGAGGGACCAGGCCAAGUCCUGACCCAGAUGAUCAAGCUGGCCUUAUCCGUCACCAACAACGCCAUCCGGCUCAAGGGGCCCUCGGACACGGCCUCGCCUCUGGAACGGGCUCUGACGCAGCACGGCGGCCACGGCGCCAACCUGGUCGCCGUGCUGGCCAAGUACAUCUACCACAAGCACGACCCCGCGCUGCCCAGGCUCGCCAUCCAGCUCCUCAAGCGCCUGGCCUCUGUGGCCCCCAUGUCCGUGUACGCCUGUCUUGGCAGCGACGCACCUGCCAUCCGCGACGCCUUCCUCACGCGUCUGCAGAGCAAGACUGAGGACAUGAGGAUCAAGGUGAUGAUUCUGGAGUUCCUGACGGUCGCCGUGGAAACGCAGCCGGGCCUCAUCGAACUCUUCCUCAACUUGGAGGCCAAAGACUGCAACGAAGGCUCUAAGGAGUUCCUGGUGGGCGAGUGGAGUUGCCUGCACGGGGUGCUGGAGCUGAUUGACUCCAAGCAACAGGGAAAGUACUGGUGUCCUCCGCUACUCCACCGUGCUGCCGUGGCCUUCCUGCUGGCGCUGUGGCAGGACCGAAGGGACAGCGCCAUCUCCGUCCUGCGCACGCAGGAAAAGUUUUGGGAGAAUCUUACGACGCCCCUCUUUGGAGCGUUGGCGCCACCUUCAGAUAUCACUGAGCCAUGCGUUCUGGAAACGUGUGCCUUUGUCAUGAAAAUUGUCGGACUGGAAAUCUUCUAUGUCCACGGCGGCUCGCCGGAGCCAUCUCUUCAGGACGCCCUGCGGAGGUUCGGCAACGCACGGCGUUACGAGUACUGGUCUCAGUACGUCAAGUCGCUGGCGUGCCACGUGGCCGAGAUGGAGGACGAGGGCGUGACCUACUUCCCGCAACAGACGCACUUGCUGAUCCUCGCCUGGCGGAUGCUGCUCGUCCUCGCCACCGCUCACUCCGACGUGAUGCAGUUGACCGACAACCAGACCAAACUGAAGCUCUUCAUGGAUGCGCUGGACGCCACCAAAGCUGCCCUGACCAGAUCCGGGUCCGUGCCGUGUCUCCGGCUCGGCUCCACGACGGCCACGCUGCUUCUCGUUCUCCUCAAGCAAUGGAGGAGCGUGGUGGCCGGCGCUCCAGACAUCCUGUCGCCGCUCUCGCUCAUGCUGGAGAGCGUCCUUCAAGCUGACCCGCAGAUGAUUGAGAGGACCAAAGCCAAACUCCUCUCGGCGCUCAUCUCCGCGCUCCAGAUCCAAGGACUCGACAGCGGCGAGGUUUCCCAGCUCCCACAGCUGCUGGCAGCGGUGUGCGAGACGGCCAAAGACCAAGCGCUGGCGCUGAUGAACAGCACCCGUCACACACGCCGUGCUGUCGAGCCGACGGAGGAGGACGACGAAAGCAUGGAAACGGACUUCCCCCUCGGACCUCAGAAGGACGAGCGGGAUGGGGUGAGUGUGCUGGCGUUGCACCUGGCCAAGGAGCUGUGUCUCACCGACGAGGACGGCGAGCACUGGGGGGCCGUGAUGAGGAAGAUCCCCGUGCUGCCGUCCGUGCUCGGCGCCGUGGAGCUCAGCCUGCGCUCAAAGCAGAACCUCUACUUCACGGAGGCCGCGCUCCAUCUGCUGCUCACUUUGGCGCGCUCGCCUCAGGGGGCGGCGGCCGUGGCCGGCACCGGCAUCAUCCAAACCAUCUGUCUGCCUCUGCUCAGUGUCUACGAAAUGUCCGGCAACGGCGCGUCCCAGAGUUUGAGCCGCAAGGCCCAGGAUGGCGCCUGCUGGCCGGGUGUCUACCGGCUGUGCCUGUCCUUGAUGGAGAGUCUGCUCAAGACGCUCCGUUACCACUUCCUCCACGAGGCGCUGGACUUUGCCGGCGUGCACCGGGAGCGCAUCCUGCAGUGCUUGAAUGCUGUGAGCGCCGCGCAGAGUUUGGCGUGCCUGGAGGAGGCGGACCACACGGUGGGCUUCCUGCUGCAGCUUUCCAGCUUCUCCGCCGAGUGGCGCUUCCACCUGCCCGAUCUGCACCGGGAUGUGCAGGUCAAUUUGUGCUACCUGUGUCAGACGUGCACGUAUCUGCUGCACAGCAAGAAGAUGCUGCAUCACUACCUCCAGGCAAAAAAUGGCGAGUCGUUGCCAGCCGGACCCUCGGGCAAAAGCCAGCACGCCCCGACGACGCCCUCCAAGGAGUCGGCGACGGGCGGCGGCGAGUCGGACGACGCCGAGCGCAAGGUGGCGCUUAGCGUGCAGUGCGGAUUGCUCAAGAUCCUCAGCAAGACGCUGGCCAGCCUGCGCCAUUUCACGCCCGACUGCUGUCAGAUCAUUCUGGACGAGCGGAUGGACCUGUCGUCCUACCAAACCUUGUUCGCGCUGAGCUUCACCGCGCCGGCCUUCGAUCCCGACGCCUCGCCGUCCUUCGGGACCCUCCUGGCCACCGUCAAUGUGGCGCUCGGGACGCUCGCAGAGAUGGAGAAGAAAAAAGACGCUGCCUCGCUCGGCGUCGUCGCGCUGGCAUCUUCGGAGGAGAUACAAGCGCUCAAGUCCUUGCUGAUGUUUACCAUGGAGAACUGCUUCUACAUUUUGGUCUCUCAGGCCUUGCGCUGCCUAAAAGAUAAUGCCAUCCCGCCGCGAGACAAGCAGCGGCUCAAGCAGGAACUUUGCUCGGAGCUGAGCACUCUUCUGUCCAGCCUGUCACGACAUUUCCGGCGAGGAUCUCCGGCGUCCCCUGCGCAGGCAAAGCCACCUACGCCGGGCUCCAAGGGCACCCACGAGGGCCAGGAACCCAUCAUCCAGCUGGCGCAAGCCUUCGUGCGACUGCUGCAGCGAUGAAAACUUCGGCCUAAUUUUAUAGGUCGCGUUCAAGUGCCGAUGUGACGGAAUUGUGCUUUUUUUGUUUUUAUAACGCCGAUGUUAAUAAAGACAUGUUUCUGGAUUCAGGUUUAAAACUUUU